GAAAAGGGGGCGGGGGACUCGGCUUGUUGUGUUGCCGCCCGAGAACCGGAGACGCUCUUMGCUGUGGCCGCAGCUCUUCCAGCCGCCCGACAAUGUCGUCUCAUUUGGUUGAGCCACCGCCGCCCCUGCACAACAACAACAACAACUGCGAGGAAGGGGAACAGGCGUUGCCUCCGCCAGCCGGCCUCAACAGUUCCUGGGUGGAGCUACCCAUGAAUAGCAGCAAUGGCAAUGAUAAUGGCAAUGGGAAGAAUGGGGGGCUGGAACACGUACCUUCUUCCUCUUCCAUCCACAAUGGAGACAUGGAAAAGAUUCUUUUGGAUGCACAGCAUGAAUCAGGACAGAGCAGUUCAAGAGGCAGUUCUCACUGUGACAGCCCUUCACCUCAAGAAGAUGGGCAGAUCAUGUUUGAUGUGGAGAUGCAUACCAGCAGGGACCAUAGUUCUCAGUCAGAAGAGGAAGUGGUAGAAGGAGAGAAGGAAGUUGAGGCUUUGAAGAAAAGUGCAGACUGGGUAUCCGACUGGUCCAGUAGACCUGAAAAUGUUCCACCCAAGGAGUUCCACUUCAGACACCCCAAGCGCUCUGUGUCUCUAAGCAUGAGGAAAAGUGGAGCCAUGAAGAAAGGUGGUAUUUUUUCUGCAGAAUUUUUGAAGGUGUUCAUUCCAUCUCUCUUCCUUUCUCAUGUUUUGGCUUUGGGGCUAGGCAUCUAUAUUGGAAAACGACUGAGCACACCUUCUGCCAGCACCUACUGAGGGAAGGAAAGCUCCUGGAGACGCGUGUGGCCUGUGAAGUGGUGUAUUGUCACAGUAGUUUAUUUGAACUUGAGACCAUUGUAAGCAUGACCAACCUUCCCCCCUAUUUUUACAUAUCCAGUCCAGUAACUCUCAAUUCCAGUAUUUUAUUCAAACUUGGUUGAGUCAUUUUACUAACUUUAUUCCCUUUUUGGCCUGUAAGACACUUUAGAAUUUCCUAACAGAAUUUACUGUUGUUUAGAAAUUUGCAAGGGCUUUUUUUCCGCAAAUGCCACCAGCAGAUUAUAAUUUUUUCAACAAUGCUGUUGUCUCCUGUUAGUACCACCAGAAUUAGACCUGCAUCACUCAUGGUAGGAAUUUUACUCUGGCAGUGUAACUACCGUCUCUCUUGAAAUGAGAUCAGGUUAGCAAAUGAUAUAAAAUGCUUUGUUGUUUUAGUUUUUGUUUUGUUUUCCAAGACAGUCAAGCUCUUCCCAAAGCUUGAAUUUAUAGUUAUUAAAAAGAAAGCAAAAACAAAACAAAUAAAAAAAAACAAUGACAAUAAAAAGCAAGACACAAGAAAAAAUAUCCUGGGCAAUAAAAAAUUAUUUUAAACCA